CCUAAAAGGAUGACCUAAUUACAGGUAGGAAUAAACACAGGUUAAACUUCCAAAAUGGCGGUGUUCAAGAACAAAAUCCUCUGCUGGAAUCUGACAAGUGCUGUAUUUGUUGGCCUUGUUUAUGUACUGAUAACAGUAUUUUUUGCAAUUGUCUUGCGUUUAGUUGAUUUGGCAGCCAUUAUAUCUGAAGAUUUUGAAAUUAGUCAAGGAUUUCAUACACAGUGGAGAUCUCAUCAACAUGAAGCUUUUCUUGCAAGUGAUAUAAUUAUCCUACUCGGUCAUUUUGCAACUUGGAUAUUUUCCAUUAUUAUGGUAUUGUCUGUCACAAAACAACAUUUUGUGAUGUAUAUGGAUACGAUCAAGCUGUUCAGAAAUUGGUUUGCGUUUUACACAUUUGUAGAAUUUUGUUUCUCUGUAUUGGAAUUCUCUUUCUAUGGAAUGAACACCUUUCGAUUGGCCUUUGUAGUUUUUAUUUGGCUGUUUUGGAUGUUUCGAUUGUCUGUAAAUGUUGUUUUCAUAUUGGUAAUGUCAUCUAGAGAUGAACAGAUGAAGGGAGACAUGGCCUAUGAACUUCGAUUCUCAGAAAAGAAUUAUUCGCAUUCGUAUGCUUAAAACUGUGUAAAUAGAAAUAUUAUGUUUAAGGAAAUUUGUGCUACAAUAUAUCCACCUGUGAAAUGUUGUAGAAAACUUCAUGAUGGUGACCUUACAUGUAUGCAAUUUCUACUUUUAUUUCAAAAGGUGAUUGAAAAAAUUGUCAAGCAUAAUGAUAUCAUAGUUAAUAGUGAAACGGUACUUGAUUAGAAUACCAGGGCCCUGUUUCACGAAAUUUUAACUAAAGAUAAAAUCCAAAUUUUAGUAGAUACUUCAAUUUUGAUUGGCUAAGCACUAAAAUCAAUCUAAUAUUAUCCAAUUAAAUUACUAAAAUUUGGAUUUUAUCUCAGUUAAAAUUUCGUGAAACAGGCCCCAGAAACAUAAUCGCAUCUAUUAUCAUACAAGAUUCAUUUUAUCUAUAUAGAGAUACUGAUGAUUAAUCAAAUAAAACAUAUCUUUUAUAAUAAUCUAUUGAGAGUUAAAAUUAGAUACAAAAUCAGCUUUCACUGAAAUCUUUUAAUAUACCAUUUCUGAAUUCUUUAUAGGUUAUAAAAGUUGAAUAUCGUCGGUGAAGUGUCAAAAGGGUGUAUCUAAGAAUUUCUAAAGAUUAAGAAAUAGAACCUUUUGCAUUUCAAAAUUUCCACAAAUCAAGAUACAACAUUUGGUCACAUGAUACCCAAAACAGGUCUAAUUGGCGUAGAGAUACACAGCUUAGACAGAAAUGUGCAUAUUAAUUGGGAGAUUUUAAAAAUGCAAAAAAUUGUAUUUCACUAAAUUCUUGAGAUACACCCUUUUGACACUUCACCCACGAUAUACAAUUGAAUGUUUAAAACAAUCCAUUGUGUAAAUAAUUUGCUGUCUUUUGUGUAGCAUAUAUAUAUGUACUAUAUUCAAGUUAUUACUUAUCCCAUGAAUUAUUCUGAAGUUAAAUGAACAUAACUAAAUCAUAUUACACAACUUUGAUAGUAGUUGUCUUCUAACAUAUGAAAGAAACAUUUUAUCUUUUAUUCCUUGUAAUAAGUCAUUUUGUAAAUAUUAUCAUUACUCUUUAUUUUUAAUAUUUAGUAUCAUAUUUUUAUUGGUAAACUAUACAUUUAUUCUUCAUCUGAUUUCAUAAUUCUCAAAUUGUCUAUUCCAAUCUCCCAUACAUUAUGUAAGAUUUAGAUAAAGAGCAGACCGUUUUUGUUAUAAUAGGUUAAAAAUAGAUAAUGCAAAAUUAUACUGAAAAUUUUCAUUCAAAUUACUUAAUCACUGUUUGAAGUUUUGACAUAGAUUAUUAUCGCAGCAACAUUACUUGUUAAUCGAGACUCAGCCUCGCUCCUGUGCCAUUUUUAAAUGAAAUUAUCAAAUAGCGAUCGAAUUGCAAUCCGUUUAUAUCUGCGCAAUCUGAUCUUCUAGAGAGUUGAUUAUGGGCUCGUCAUGUGAAUAAAUGUCUAAAAAAUAAUUUAUAUAACAUUUGAAGCCAAAAUAAAGACCAGCAAUAGGCAGAUUUAGCUCUUACAUAAUGCAUCUUUAAAAAGGAAGGGUUCUUAUUAGAGUGGAAUUGGACUCAAAAUUUAUGGACGAUUACAUUUUUUUUUGCCUAGGCUAAUUAUAAGAUUCAACUAAAGAAAUAAUGACUUGGAUUUGAACCAUGUGUUUAGAUUUAUAACACACAUCCAGUUUCUUCUAUAUUUUUUUAUAGAAGGAUCAGACUAGGUAUCAUAGAUAUUAAUGUUUUAUAGGAAAAAUACAUAAAAUGUCCAGAUUUACUACAUUCCAUGUGAUUUAAUUCAGAUAUUUAUUUUAAAUCAUGAAUCUAACAAUAUUUGUUUUAUGAAAUAUUUUAACCUGUUCAUAUUUUUAUAUAAUAAAAUGUCAA